GUUCCCGCGUGUCCUGCCCGACUGCAAAUUUGACCCUAGAGGCAAGGCUACCGUCCGCUCGCAGGACGUGUAGGUAGUGGAGGGGGAGUUUCUACUUCGUUCAGCCCUGGCGGCGCAGCCGCUUCGUCAAGAUGGGCAAAAUCACUAAGACGAUGCAGUCCCGCCACCGGGAGACCAUGUCUCCCUGGGUUAGGGACUAUGUACUCGCCGCAUCGUCGACGCCGUUGCCGCUCAUUCCCCAGAAACUCGAUGAGUUUCCUACGAGAUGGCCGUUCCCGCGUGGGGAUCUCUAUCACUGGAUCCCGCUGCUGAAUCGCUUCGACAGCAUUCUCGAGGCAUUCUGCGCCACGUACAAGCUAAAUGAGGGCUUCCAGAUGCGAGACUUUGCGUGCGAUCUGCUCCUGAAUCAGGGCGCGCCGGUCGAAUACGCCGAUGAAGAGCCUUGGAGCCGCGAGCGCCUGCUCCAGCUCGGAUACAAGGCAGAUGGGGAUUGCCAGCUCAUCGUGUCCGUCCUAAACUUCACCCGGGUUCUUUUGCAACACUGCGGCAACCGGAGCAUCUACGCAAGCAGCCAUCAUUUGAAUGAUUUGCUCGCCAGCACAUCUCUCAAGGUGGUUUAUGCUGCUCUGGAGGUCGGCCUGGAGCUCGCACAGCGCUAUCAGGCCUCGAUCAAGCGCGUGGGGACAGCGAACCGGCAGGUCAGCAGCGCCCUGCUUGCGAAUCAUUACAACAUCGACCUCGAUCGGGUGAACUUCCUCGCUCAACCGUUUGUGAAGACCCCAGUCACGCCGGGUCCUCGCUUCUCCGAUCUCCCUUCAGCGACACCCGUUUCGGCGAGCAAGGUGAAAGAGAAGCCAGCGACUGCCGGCCAUAGGAACGCGGCAUCCGUCUAUGCUAACGAUCUGACCUCGCUCGUCUCACCCGGCCCUGCCGACGAUGGACGCUGGGAUGGCUGGGGCGAUGUGAGGGUGGUGUAUUAUCCAAAGGUCGAGGUUGCCGGCUCCUCAACGGCAGAGCAGUCGCCGGCUGGGGACCGCGGCCUGUCGUCAGCUCCCACGACUCCCACUCCGCUUCGUCGCAGCUCUACCGGCGUAAUAAACACGCCACGCCCCAAUAGGCCCCCGGGGUCGGAAGACAGCCCGGCCAACCGGGGUCAUGGCGUGGGCAGUGACGACCACGCUCAUUCCGGCCCCAAGUCCGUCGAGGUGCGCCAGGCCACGGUGCAGUCGACGUCCGUCUACGAGCUUCUCAAACUCUGCCCGGCUGAUAUGCCCAAAUCUUCCCGGUACGAGUUUCUCAAUCGGUUGAGGAUAUCCAAGGCGCUUUUGGGUUCGCCAGAGGAUCGGCAGCUGGCGCUAGCCGUUCGCCUGCUGGCCAUCACCAACCUGGCCUACAUCCACCCGGAAGCGACGUUUGUCGAGAAGGUUUUGAAGCAGGACAACGACGAGCCUCGCAGGUACCAGCUCGUGUACCAGUUGGCCGAGUUGAUCCACCCCUCGGCCGACGGAGCCCCGGAGACGCCUCUGCGGUUACAAGCCAUUGCCCUCGCAGCUCUGGAGGCUAUUACCGUCAUGCAGAGCAAGUAUGCCGAAGUGAUUGCGGCUCUAAACGCCAAUGUCAACCACGGCAUCCUGCUGUACGUUGUCCGGAAGGCCGUGGCGAGCAUGCGAGAGGACCCAAUUGAGGAGGAUGAAGGAAAGGUAACCGACCUUGAUCAGUGGCGCACCGCUCUCUUCGCCUUGACACUCCAGAUGGCCAUGUCUACUCGCAUCGGGCAAGAAAUGUCAUCUGCCGGCCUCCUCGAGAUCCUGGUCCAGAUACUGAACAUCCGGUCGAAGACGGCGACGCGCAAUUACGGCGUGAUACUCGCCUUCCUCGACACCAUUGUCUACUCCUUCCAGGGCGCCUUCACCGUGUUAAGCAACGCCGGGGGGCUUGAUGCCAUCUCCAAUCUCAUCAUUGACACGGUGGCCCGUUCGAAGGAGCUCGCCUUGGCCGGAAAGGGCACGAAACCCGAGUUCCGCGCACAGUUGGUGGACUAUGAGAUCCCGUUCUACGAACAGCAGACCCUUAAGUGGCUUCUUAAGUUCAUCCACCACAUCAUGACCAAUGCCUUCUCGUUUGGCGCCAACACGGACCGGCUACUGCGGAACUUGGUGGACAACUCCUCGUUGCUGGCCAGCCUCCGCGUCAUUACCGAGGACAUGCGUGUCUUCGGCACCGUGGUGUGGACGAACGCCGCGACCCUCUUGAGCGAUUUCAUGAACAACGAUCCAACGAGCUUCGCAGCUAUUUCGGAGUCGGGCAUGAUCCAGAGUUUCCUCGAGACCCUGACCGGCAACCCUGUCACUCUGCCGAAACCUCCAGGGACACCGAAAGAGGAGGCCGAGGGCGACGAGGAGCCUGGCUCACCAGCUUACUCCGACGACUCGGUCAGCUUCGAGCGCGAUGAACGCCCACACCCUCCCACUCAAGAGAUGCUCGAGUCGCCGAGAGAACAUGUCGCGCGUGGAAUCCUUGCGUCCUACGAGGCCAUCAACGUCAUACCUUCCAUCUUGAACUCCAUAUCGCUGAACAACCUUGGCAUGAAGAUGAUCGUUUCUUCGCAUGCCAUCGAUAGCUACAUGGAAAUCUUUGAGAGUCCGGAGCACGUCCAACUUCUCUCGGACUCCGAGCUGGCCGUCCAAGUUGGCGGCAGUUUCGACGAGCUUGCCCGUCAUCAUCCCGCACUGCGGCCGGCGAUCUCCAACGCUGUCAUCGAUAUGGUUUCGAGGGUUCUGCACCUCGCAAAGACCAAGUCCGCCAAUGCAGGGUGGGGUGCGAAGCUCUUAGUUACCGACCCCAGCGGCAAAGCCGUGACCGCAGAUGACUCGUUGCUAGUCGGUGCGGGAACCGCGGCUGUCACAGCCAAAGGGAAAGGCAAAGAGACAGCUGAGGAUGCUGAUGUCGAGAUGGUGGAUGCGAGCGCGGUGUCUUCGGAGCGUCUUGAUGCGAACAGCGACAUGCAGUCUGGACUGGAGAGGCCCACAGGGGCGGCCCAUGAGAUCACGCCUUACAUUUCGGCAGUCUCUUCUUUCCUCCUUGCUAUUUUCAGCAACUCCAGUCUCAAGUCCCCCUUCAUUCGCGAAGGCGGUAUCGAGAUGCUCCUGCAACUCUCGGAAGCUUCCAGCCUGCCUGAAGAUUUCGACACUACCAACGCCUCGCACACGCUCUCGAAGCUCCUCGCCCAACUGAUCGAUGCGAGCCCGAUCCUUGGAUUCCCGUCCCUGCUCAACCGGAUUCAUGCCACUCUCGAUGAACUGGAGCCCCUUGUCGGCGGGGAGGGUGCCCAACCGUUUUUCGCUCCCUUCGUCGUCCCCAAUCUCUCCCUCCUGAAUGACAAGGGAGAGUGGGAUCAAAGCUUGAUUCGCAAAGUGGCCGGCGGCACCCGAGUUGUGAGAGCCCUGGUGAGGCUACAGUCCCUCAUCAGGACACUUCACCACAGCUUCCCCUACGCGUCCCGACAGCAAACGGUUACGAUGCCAGCAGUCCAUGUCUUCGACUAUUUCGUGACUCUGGUCAAGCGUCUGGGACCGCUGUUGCGAGGUGUCAGCACGGAAGACAUGGCCAUCGCCGCCCUGGUCCCGCAACACUGGACGGGGAGCAAGUCAGUUCUCCAGGAUGGUGCCGAAGCUCCAUCUCCGCCGGCGCUUCCCAGUGGUCCCGACGACGCUGGGGAGGGUGCCGCUGGUCACUCGCGGGAAGAUGGAACAGAGUCUUCUGCGCAGCCCAAAAAGCCGACGGAGGAAGAGCGGUCCACGACUCAGUUCCGGAACUACCUCGUUAUUCAUCGUCUGCUGCACUCGCUGUCCCCGAGUACGCUUCCAUUCUUCCAGACGAUUGCGAAGACGUUGUUACCGAGGCGAGGAGUUGAUUCCUACGUGAGAUCACGCCAUCUGGACAUUGCCGAGGCCUUGGCGGAGACCGUCCUCGCGCAAUUGCAAAUGUCGCAGGAGACGUUGGCGGUUAGAGACCUCCAUUACUGGAUUGUGAUGUUCCACACGUUGCACGAGAUGUUGGUGGAUUCGUCGCGCCCCAACGAGCGGUCCUACCUCCAGCUAAGCCUUCCUGUCUUGGUGGCGUUCAAGGAGCACGGUGGAAUCGAGCUGCUCAACACGAUGCUCCUCAAGUUCGCGGACGAGGUCUGCAAAGGGGCGCAUGAAGGUGAGGAUGCUCACAAGGCGCGGCUGGCCACAGCAGGGAUGAAGAAUAUCCUUGAGAUCUACCAUCUCAUCGUGAACGGCAAGAACGUUUGCGACUCGCUCGGCCAGACCAACUUGGUCCCUCGGACCGUUGACAGGAGCAGAGAUUUCGGGCAUCAGCUUGUUGUGGAGCUACGGUUGGCCGUCUUGCCGACCAUCCGUAAGCUCUGGGAAUCUGAGUUCGUCGAGAAGGCUCCGGUGACGGCGCUGAGCAGGGUUAUUGACAUCAUCAAGACGAUUGCGGCCGCCGACCAGGAGUCGAACGCAUGGCGCAAAUCGGACAAGACCUCCCCGCCACCUAUCUUCAAACAGCGCGAGCACGUUCGUUUCAACUGGAUAGCGCACGCGGACCAAGUCAAGAACCUGACACGCCUUGAUUACGACGAGGAGCUCGCUCGCGAGGCUGUCUACCGGGCCAAUGGAAGGCACGACGACUCGGCGGAAUAUUGUCGGGCUCACUCAAAAGGGUUGGCUGGUAACCGCAAUCCGAUCCCCGAGGAGGACGCCUACCGGCCCCCUCCGUCGCCAAAAUCGCAGGAGGCUGGGGAGCCGAAUGCGGCUGGUUCAUCCGCUGACUCUCUGGCGGCGGGCCCCAUGUCCCUGGACCCGGUGCCCGAAAUCAAUAACUUCAUUCAGGAGGCCAUCGACGAAGCUGUGCUUGGAGCACUUGGAGAUCACUCGUCCGACGAGUCCAACGACACGAGCCAUGACGGCUCCAGCCAACAUUCUGCUAACCAGGAGCCAAGUGCUGAGCCCUCGCUGCCAGCCCAUGCAGAGACCGCAUCCUCAAGCGCGGCUACGGAGUCCCCGGCAUUCCCACGGAUUACGAAGGAGGAUCUGGAUAAGGAGCGGGCGGAGCUGCAGACCGAUCUGAUUGACCGCUGCCUCGACGUUAUCAGGGCGCAUCCUGAUUUGGUGUUUGACAUCUCCGACCUAAUCCAUGCAACGAUCCUCAAGUCCGACAACGAAGAGAAGCGGGUUGAGGUCGGCGACAUCUUGGCAAAUGCUCUCAUGUCCUUUGCCAUGGAUGACGACGACGAGAAGCGAUCAAACAGUCGGGGCAUUGCGGCUUAUGCGCACCUGUUGUCCCUUCUCCUCCAGAACCGGCAAUUCUUCAAGUCCACGCUGCCCUCCCUGAAGGAAAACAUCAGCGAUUAUCUGAGUUUCCUGAAGGUUUCUCCGGCGAGCUCCAACGAGGAGCUCCCGUCAUGGAUCCCGUACAUCCUUCUGAUCUUCGAGAUCCUGUUGUCCGAUGACGAGCAGCCGGUCGAGGCAGUAUGGAAGGCGCCGGCCAAUGACGAUGAUCCUGUCGAGCAGCCAGUCUGGGUCGCCAAGGAGCUCAACUUGUCGGCCGAGGACCGCUCCAGCCUUCUCACCGCCAUCCUUGAGAUAUUGCCGAGAAUCGGAAAGGAGGAGUCACUUGCCGUCUCCGUCCUGCGUCUCCUUGUAAUCCUGACGCGCGACCACUCAAUGGCAAAGGUGGUCGGGGAGAAGCGCAACCUGCAACGGCUGUUUGUGAUGGCGAAGCAGUCUUGUGGCGGAGGUUCCUCGCGCCUCAACCAAUCCCACAUCGCAGACAACAUCAUGAUCGUUCUGCGUCACAUCGUGGAGGAUGAAGAGAUCAUCCGCCAGAUGAUGCAGACGGAAAUUCGGCAGUACUUGGCUUCGUCACGGAAUCCGCGGUCUUACGAGAUUCAGAGCUACCUGCGGCAACUUUCUCACGUGGCGCUCCGGGCACCGAAGCUCUUCGUUGAUGUCACGACGGAGCUGGUCAAGUUGUCUCGCUGGUCAUCCGCCAUCGAUCCAGCCGUUCGCAGCCACAGCCUCUCCCUCAAGGAUGUGCCGGCAGAGCAGUCUUCUCCGUCCAACGAGGGCGCCGAUGGAUCCGCGGUGCAGGGCGCAGAGGACGCCCCCGCUGAAGACGUCAAGCCGUCUACCGAAUCUGCAGACAAGGAGAAGGACAAGGAGAUGGCCGAUGCACCGAAGACCCCGUUUGAGCUCAAGCGGCCAGUUCUCGAAAACCCCGACGGGGUGGUGCACUUUCUCCUCUGCGAGCUGCUCAACUACAAGGAGGUGGACGACAAGGAGCCGCCGAGCCACGCGCUCAAGGAAGCAAAGGCGGAAGGGGGACCGUCUGCUUCGGGCGAGGAAGGGCCAUCGUCCGCAGCGGGUCAGCAACCGGCUGAUCAGAAGGACAAGGAAAAGAAGCCAUCCAAGCCGAUCUUCAAGGCAGAGGACCAUCCCAUUUUCGUCUACCGCUGCUUCCUCCUCAACUGCUUGGCGGAGCUUUUGCAGAACUUCAACCGCGCAAAAGUCGAGUUCAUCAACUUCAAGCGGAGCGCGCCAAUGCAGACGAGCACUCCCAUCAAGCCUCGUUCGAGCGUCCUCAACUAUCUUAUCAACGAUCUGCUCUGCCUGGGCCCCGCCGGUGCCCCGAUGGACUCGACCAUCAUAAAAAAGAAGGCUGCUACGUCGACUCACGCACAGGCGGUCCUUGUGGCCUUAGUCGCGCGAACGCCCGAGAAGCCGAUUGACCGCAACCGCAAUCAAUUCGAGUACGAUGACGACCCAGACCUGCUCUUCGUCAGACGGUUCGUCCUGGACACUCUGCUCCGCGCUUACAAAGAAGCCGCCACUCCCGGCGAACCAGUCGAAGUCCGCUACGGUAAGAUGAUGUGCGCGGCUGAACUGAUGAGCCUGAUGAUAGGCGAGAAGGAGAGAGACGCGCAGCAAAAAGAUACCCGCGUGGUUGACCCGGCCGUCGUCCGGUCUCAGAUGCAGCUCAAGCGACUCAUGUACGAGAAGGGCUACAUCGCUGCCUUGACCGCGUCCAUUGCCGACAUUGACCUCACAUUCCCGAACGUCAAGCGCACCAUCAAGUACAUCCUGCGUGUCCUUCGGGCCCUCACAAAAACCGCUUUUCUGCUGAGCCAGUCAGACGUGAUACCCGUCACGUCGACGGACCAGCCGGAAGACGACUUUGCUUCCACGUCAUCUCUCUCGGACAUGGACGACCGGGAGGAGACUCCUGACCUCUACCGCAACUCCACGCUCGGCAUACUCGAGCCGGGGCGUGAGGAAGAUUUCAGUGAUGAGUCUGAAGACGACGAGGAUGCCAUGUAUGACGACGAGCCCUAUGACGACGAACUCGAUUACGAGGAUGAAAUGUCCCAAGACGAGGAAGAAAACCCCAGUGACGAAGAUGAAGAAGAGCUCGAUGAGAUGGGCGAAAUCGAGGGUCUUCCUGGGGACCAGGGCGUCGUGGAAGUCAUCAUGGGCGAGAACGAUGACGAUGAUGACGAGGAUGAGGAGGAUGAGGAGAUGGACGAAGAUGACGACGAUGAACCAAGCGACAGCGAGGAUGACGAGGAAGACGAAGACGAAGACGAGAUGGGUUCCGAGGAUAUGGAGGAGGUUGAAGACCGUAUUGAGAUCGUCAAUGAGGAGGGCAAUCCAAUGGACGAUGAUGGGGCCUCUGGCUGGGAGAGCGAGACGGACGAAGAGAACGAAGAAGCUGGCGGGGAGGUCGACUUCGAGGGGGAAGCGCAAGACAUCCACGAAGCACUCAUGCAUGGCCACAACGCGGACCAGCUCGGCCCAAUCCCCGAUAUUCUUCGGAACGUCGUCGACGGUGACGAUCUUGAUGGCGAGGAUAUUCAUGACCUCGAUGACCACCACUACAUCGACGAUGGUGCUGACGACGAAGAUGAAGACGAGGACGAUGAAGGCGACGAGGAUGAGGCGUACUACGACCAAGACCACCUUCGUGACGACCACCUACCGCACAACAUGCCUUCAGGCCUCGGCUGGGAUGUCACGGUUGAACCCCAGCCCCGGUUCCGACACGGAGGUGCUCGGAGCCCUUUCCCUUCAGCUCCGUUCAUCAUUGGGGGACACCGCGAUCUCCGCGAUCCCUUGGGAAAUGAUUUCCGGAAUUUCAUCCGCCACGGCCACCCGCGGCCGCCUCCCAACCCGACUGAUGACGGUGUCAACCCCCUUCUGCUCUCCAACCGCCGUCCCGGACAGGAACACUCCUCGCGCGAGACGAGUCAACCUAUGAUCCGCCUCGGUUUACCUGGCGGGUUGAUGGGCCCUGGAAUGGAUGGUCCACUCGCCUUCAUCAAUGAGCUGAUGCAGAACAUGCCGUUUAACGCAAGAGGCAGCCCUGGCGUCCCUGCCUUCAGCUUCCAGUUGAGAGCACCGUCUGGAGAGGUCCGUCACCUGAACCUUCCGCUGGACAUGUCCCCACCGGCUCGGGACGUGCGUUGGGACACGCGCUGGGAACCGCGGCGUGAGGUCUAUCAGGAGCCACAGCAAGCCGUCAACUUCUCCCCGGAGUCUACUGCCGAGCGGUGGCAACAAGAAGCCAAGAUGAUCUUCGGGUUCAACCACAAUGAGAAAUCCAGGCUGCUCUCUACGGCAAUCCUCGGCAUGCUCACUCCCGCUGCUAUCCAGCGCGAGAAGGAAGCCAAGGCUCGCGAGGAGGCGGAGAAGCGCAAGCGCGAGGAGGAACGCAAGAAGCGCGAGGAAGAGGAGCGCAAAGAGCGAGAGGCCAAAGAGGCCGAGGAGCGAGCCGCGAGAGAGAAGAAGGAGGCCGAAGAGCGCGAGCGGCAAGAACGGGAGCGCGUCGAGGCCGAGGCCGAGGCGGCACGCGCAGCGGAGGAGGCAACUCCGGCUGCGGAGGCGACCGCUGCGGAACCCCAAGCGAUGGAGGGGGUGGAAUCGCAUGCGGAGGCCCCUGCGGAGGAACAGCAGCCGGCCGCUCGUGAGCGGGUUGUCACCACCAUUCGUGGCGAGACAGUCGACAUCACCGAGCUUGGUAUUGACCCCGAAUAUCUCGCCGCUCUCCCAGAGGAGUUCCGCGAAGAGGUCAUCGCUCAGACCGUGAGUGCCAGACGAUCCCAGGCUCGUGAGCAAGCCGCCAACGAGGGAGAGAACACGGAGGUCUUCCAAGAAUUCCUUGAGGCGCUACCGGCGGAACUACGGAUGGAGAUUGUGCAGCAGGAACGCCAAGAACGCCGUCGUCGGGAGCGCGAGGAGCAGCGUAGACAAGCCGCGGCCUCCGGACAGGCUCUUGGCCCGGCCGAGAUGGACCCGGCAAGCAUCCUGUUGACGUUCCCCCCUGCUCUGCGGGAGCAGGUUCUUUUGGAGCAAGGCGAGGACAUCAUGGAUCAGCUGCCCCCCGAUCUCGCGGCGGAGGCACGCGCACUUGCUCAACGGCAUAAUCUGCAGCAUCAUCGCGCGACGCCCGCCGCGGCCCGUUCCCGAGAUGCUGUUGCUCAUCGCCCCGAGCCGGCGGCGGAUUCAAAGCCGCAGCGGCGCACGAUCGUGCAGAUGCUGGACAAGGCCGGUGUUGCAACUCUACUCCGGCUUAUGUUCAUCACCCAGCAGAGCUCCAUCCGCAACUACCUGUUCGACGUCUUCGCGCACGUCUGCGAGAAUCGUCACAACCGCCUGGACGUCAUCUCAACCCUUCUCCAAAUUCUGCAGGAUGGCAGCACCGACAUGGAUGCCGUUGAGCGCAGCUUUAGCCAGCUGUCCCUGAAGGCGAAGCAGCCCAAGGACAACAAAGAGCCCAAGACUCCGCAGAGCCUCAAGCGAAGCUUGACGAACAUCAGCGCUGGUAGUCAGAUGACGGGCGUCUCCGAGGUCUCGCCUCUAUUGGUUGUCCAGCAGUGCCUCGACCUUCUGCAGGAGCUCGCAACGAAGAACCCCCACAUUCCGUCCCUGUUCCUGACGGAGCACGAAACGGUUGCCUCGUCGCUCAAGCGCAGCUCGAGUCGCAAGGGCAAGGGCAAAGACGUCAACGCCAAGGCGCAGAGGUUUGCCAUCAACUCGCUUCUGGCUCUCCUAGAUAGGAACCUUAUCAUGGAGAGCUCGUCCGUCAUGCAGCUCCUGGCAGAUCUGCUCAAUAAGGUCACCUAUCCACUGCAAGCCAUCGAACGCCGACGCAAGGAGGCGGAAGAGGAAGCCAAGAGAAAAGCAGAGGAAAAGGCGAAGGAGGCGGAGAAGGCUGGGGAGGCCGAAAAGGAGACGGAAAAUGCUGGUGCAGGUCCUGCCGAAACCUCAGAGAGCCAGCCUUCUGUGCCGCAGCCCACAGGGCCGACUGCCGGGACAUCAACCGAGGGGGCACAGGCAGCGACACAGGAGGGUGAGAAGCCCGAGGCCGAGGCUGAGAGCUCGACGGCCAAGGAGUCGCAGUCAGAGGAGAAAAAGACCCGGCAGCUCACGCCGCCCACGAUCCCAGAGCACAACUUGAAGCUCGUCAUCAACAUCUUCGUCGCGCGGGAAUGCAGCUCGAAGACCUUCCAGAACACCAUCUCGACAAUCAAGAAUCUCUCAAACAUCCCUGGUGCCAAGAAGGUCUUUGGCGAGGAGCUUGUGGCCCAAGCGAGAGCCUUGAGCGAGAACAUCGUCUCAGACCUCGAGGAUCUCCUUCCUCACAUCCUGCGGGCGGAGUCGGGCACCGAGAUCCAGGGGAUCGCGCUGGCCAAGUUCUCGCCUGGUGCGUCUGAGCAGAACAAACUGCUUCGAGUCCUGACUGCGCUGGACCACCUGUUCGACAGCAAGGCCAAGAAGUCCAACGCUGGCGAUGAAAGCAGCAAAGAGGACCUCCUCGGCUCGCUCUACUGGAACCCAACGUUUGGUACCAUGUGGGAGAAGCUGGGCGCGUGCCUGAGCGCGAUCCGACAGCGCGAGAACAUGCUCAACGUGGCAACGAUCCUCCUGCCGCUGAUCGAAUCUUUGAUGGUGGUGUGCAAGAACACGGCGCUGGACGAGGCGCCUCUUUCUCAAUCGAAGGAGAUGCUUCUGACCAGCCCGCCGCCGGAUAACCGCAUUGCCAGCUUGUUCUUCAGAUUCACAGAAGAACACCGGCGGAUCCUAAACGAGCUCGUCCGGCAGAACCCCAAGCUCAUGUCUGGGACCUUCUCUCUCCUUGUCAAGAACCCCAAGGUUCUCGAGUUCGACAACAAGCGCAACUACUUCAACCGUAGCGUGCAUGCGAAGACGGGACAGCAGAGGCAGCAGUACCCGUCGCUGCAGCUCUCAGUGCGUCGGGAGCACGUCUUCCACGACUCGUUCAAGUCGCUCUACUUCAAAUCCGGCCCGGAGAUGAAGUUUGGCAAGCUCAACAUCCGCUUCCACGGCGAGGAGGGUGUCGAUGCCGGCGGCGUCACGCGCGAGUGGUUCCAGGUGCUUGCGCGCCAGAUGUUUGACCCCAACUACGCGCUCUUCAUCCCCGUGUCGUCGGACCGCACGACAUUCCACCCAAACAAGCUCAGCGGCAUCAACGAUGAGCAUCUGAUGUUCUUCAAGUUCAUCGGACGCAUCAUCGGCAAGGCACUCUACGAGGGACGGCUUCUCGACUGCUACUUCAGCCGUGCCGUGUACAAGCGCAUUCUUGGCAAGCCCGUGUCGGUCAAGGACAUGGAGUCGUUCGAUCCAGACUACUACAAAUCGCUUGUCUGGAUGCUCGAGAACGACAUUACCGACAUCAUUACCGAGACCUUCUCGGUCGAGGACGACGAGUUUGGCGUGACGAAGGUGGUGGACCUCAUCGAGAACGGCCGCAACAUCCCGGUCACUGAGGAGAACAAGCACGAAUACGUGCGGCUGAUUGUGGAGCACAAGUUGCUCACAUCCGUGAAGGACCAGAUGGAGCACUUCCUGAAGGGCUUCCAUGACAUCAUCCCCGAGGACCUCAUUGCCAUCUUCACCGAGCAGGAGCUUGAGCUUCUGAUCUCGGGUCUGCCAGACAUCGAUGUAGAUGACUGGAAGAGCAACACCGAGUAUCAUAACUAUACUGCGGCGUCCCAGCAGAUCCAGUGGUUCUGGCGGGCGGUGCGCUCCUUCGACAAGGAGGAGCGGGCCAAACUCCUCCAGUUCGUCACGGGCACAUCCAAGGUGCCCCUGAACGGGUUCAAGGAACUGGAGGGUAUGAAUGGCAUCAACAGGUUCAACAUCCACCGCGACUAUGGCAACAAAGACCGGUUGCCCAGUUCGCACACGUGCUUCAACCAACUCGAUCUCCCCGAGUAUGAGAGCUACGAUAUCCUCCGCUCUCAGCUGCUCAAGGCCAUCACGGCGGGCAGCGACUACUUCGGCUUCGCCUAGACGCGGGACAUUGGGCUCCCAGGCUUGCGAAGUCAACUUAUUGAGAUGGGGCAACGUGACGACAGACGGGGAAGGGGGCAUAAACUGCGCACCCUGUCAAGGAGAGGAGAGAAGAAUCUUGGUUUGGUGAAUUGUGGUUCUGGUCGAUGGCAUUUGCAGGUUGGGAAGCAGCAAGG